GUUCCCGGCGCCCACGGCCCCGCCAUGGACGACCUCGACGCCCUGCUGGCCGACUUGGAGUCUACCACCUCCCACAUCUCCAAGCGGCCUGUGUUCUUGACUGAGGAGACCCCCUACGCAUACCCAACUGGAAACCACACCUACCAGGAGAUUGCCGUGCCACCCCCGGUGCCCCCACCCCCAUCCAGCGAGGCCCUCAACGGCACCAUCCUUGACCCCCUGGACCAGUGGCAGCCUAGCGGCCCCCGAUUCAUCCACCAGCAGCCUCCGUCCCCUGUGCCCGGCUCCAACGCCCCCACCCCACAGGGCAGCCUCGGCUCUCCGUGUUCCCGAGUGGGUGAAGAGGAACACGUCUACAGUUUCCCCAACAAGCAGAAGUCAGCCGAGCCCUCACCCACCAUGAUGAGCUCCUCCUUGGGCAGCAACCUCUCGGAACUGGACCGCCUGCUGCUGGAGCUCAACGCCGUGCAGCACAGCCCCCCUGGCUUCCCGGCAGAUGAGGCCAACUCCAGCCCCCCGCUGCCUGCAGCCCUGAGCCUGCACUACGGGAUGCCGGAGAACAGCAGUCCCCUGGGCACUAAGGCCGGGACCCCGACUAAAGAGAAACCCACACGGAACGGCGGGGGCCGGGGUCUGGAAGACGUGAGGCCCAGCGUGGAGAGCCUCCUGGACGAGCUGGAGAGCUCCGUGCCCAGCCCCGUCCCCGCCAUCACUGUGAGCCAGGGUGAGAUGAGCAGCCUGCAGCGAGUGACUGCCAGCCAGCAGCAGACCCGCAUCUCGGCCUCCUCGGCCACCCGGGAGCUGGACGAGCUGAUGGCCUCCCUUUCGGACUUCAAGACCAGCUCCUCAGCAGUGGCUCUGAGCCCCCCAGGGCUGCUACCCCACCCCGCUGCAUCCCCACCCAGCACACUUCCUCCUCCUCGUCCUCCUGAAGGCCAGUGCAUUGAGGACAGUGGCAGUGGCCAGGGCCUCCUAGCUCCCGUGUUCUCCAGUGAUUUUGGGGGUACUCUGGGCACCUCCAACUCCAGGGCUCCCUCUGCCGAGGGUUCCCAGGGGCCCCUGGAUGCCAAGAGGGGAGGCUGUGCUGCAGACACAUGGAACCCAGAGGGGGAACCCUCCAGGGAGCCCCCCAGUCAUCCCCCGCGCCGAGCUGGGUGCGCAGGCCACCAGGAGCCUGGAGACGGGGCUGUGGGCCUGGGAGCUUUGGAGGCGGUCCAGCUGAAGACCCAAGAUGAUGCUGUACGCAGCGUCCAGGACGUGGCCGAGCCCCCUGUUGUGGCCGUGGACCGCCAGGUUGUCUUCCCGGAUGUGUGGAGACUGGAGACGGUGUGUGGGCAGUGGAGAGACAAGGCCAGGCCAGGGCCGGCGGGCCCAGAAGCGGGCUGCCCUGCCCCUGCUAAGAAGGAGAAGCUAGAUGGAGAGACAGCCGGGAGCGGCGGAGGCCAGUGGGAGCCAGGCCAGGGACUGCAGAGCCCGGGGAAGCCAGUGGCAGCUGCAGAGGCCGGUCAGGCACCCGUGGAGCUUCCGCAAGCCUCCGCUGAGGACACGCACCAGCCCACCGAGAGAAUUUCCACCUCCGGACAGGCAGGCGCCAGCUCGCAUGGCUGCCCGCUGCGCUUGGCCCUCUCAGGCCUGCCGAUGGCUGAGCACACCUCCCAACUGCAUGCCACCCACCCCUCGUGCACGUGUACCGCCGCCAUGCAGAGACCUGCCCGCACCACUAACUACCAGGCCUGCACAGGGGCGCCCCCACCCCAGGAUGGCUCUUAUUUUCUCAUUUUUGAAAUGGGCAUUCGCUCUGUGAUCAGGAGGAGCCGUGAGACGAGCCACGCGCACCCCAUGUCCCGGGAGGCCUCCCCCCGCCGCCGUCCGGACCCCGCCACCCUGAGCAGGACGCCCUCCCAGGAGCAGCUCCUUGCCGAGCUGCAGGCCCGGCUGGGCGUCCAGCCCCAGUCGGCCUCGGUGGCGGCGGGGCCCUCGGCGGAGGACUGGCUGACAGAGGGCGUGGUCAUCACCGUGCGGCCUCGAGGGAGGCGGGCUGGGGGGCAGCUGGUGGAGAAGGUUGUCUUCUCUCCCAGCUCUCCCGUCCCCCUGAGACGGACUGCCUCUGUGCUGGCCUCCCCUCCUCCUCUUGCCCCUCCGCCCCAGCAUCGCAGAGACGCCUUGGCCAGUGGCCACCCUCCCUUGUCCAGCCUGCCCACCCCCGCUGCCUUGGGACCCUCCGCUCGUACCCGGGGCUCCCCUGAGCUGCCCUUGGAGGCAGCUGCUGGGCAGGCUCCUGCCUCUCCCGUCCACACAGCGGUCACUCUGAGGUCUGUGGGCUGCCAGACAGACGAGGACCCGCUCUUCCCCUCUGAGCAGAUCCAGGGCCUGGAGCAGAGUGCGGAUGGAGAGCUGUGCUGGGCGGCCUGCUGGGCUGCGGACGGCAGGCAGAGCAGUCAAGGGCGAGGCGAGGGAGGGUUCAUGUCCCAGGGGAAGGCGGGGAGCAGCUCUCCCCCCGGGGGCCCUUCGAAGCCCGGGAGCCAGCUGGACAGCAUGCUGGGGAGCCUGCAGUCUGACCUGAACAAGCUGGGCGUGGCCACCGUCGCCAAAGGGGUCUGCGGGGCCUGCAAGAAGCCCAUCGCCGGGCAGGUGGUGACCGCCAUGGGGAAGACAUGGCACCCGGAACACUUCGUGUGCACCCACUGCCAAGAGGAGAUCGGCUCCCGCAACUUCUUUGAGCGGGACGGCCAGCCCUACUGUGAAAAGGACUAUCACAACCUCUUCUCCCCGCGCUGUUACUACUGCAACGGGCCCAUCCUGGAUGUGACCCGGGCCAUCCUGGAAAACUACAUCUCGGCCCUCAACACGCUGUGGCACCCCGAGUGCUUCGUGUGCCGGGAGUGCUUCACGCCCUUCAUCAACGGCAGCUUCUUCGAGCACGACGGGCAGCCCUACUGCGAGGUGCACUACCACGAGCGGCGCGGCUCCCUCUGCUCCGGCUGCCAGAAGCCCAUCACUGGCCGCUGCAUCACGGCCAUGGCCAAGAAGUUCCACCCCGAGCACUUCGUCUGCGCCUUCUGCCUCAAGCAGCUCAACAAGGGCACCUUCAAGGAGCAGAACGACAAGCCUUACUGUCAGAACUGCUUCCUCAAGCUCUUCUGCUAGGCCCUCCUCCUGCUCCCAGCCCCAGCCCCACCCGACCCCCGGCUGCUACUGUGACCCAGAGACCUGCUGGGGUGAAGGGCCAACCCUCCAGGAACUGGAACCCACGUUGUCGUCCUCAGCCGGUGUCCAAGGGGACUGACCGGGCCCACCUGCCUUCACCACAGCCUCUCUGGCCCCUUCCUCCACCCGGCCUACUGGCCAUCGUCCCACGCGGCAUGGGGGCGGAGGAAACCUCCCCAAGAACUGGCCUGGCAAGCCAGCCCCCCACACUGGAGUCAUCUCUCACUCAUAUGGUUGCAGUGGAGCCGGGGAGGACAGGCGGGGUCAGAUGGGGGGGGGUGUCUCAUUUUAUCCUCCCCCCGCUCCCAACCUAAUAACCAUCCUUGUUCUGAAAGUCCUGGGGGACACACAGCGCCCUCCAGAUGAUGCCAGCAUCCAUCCGUCCAUCUAUGGGCGGAGCAGCCAAGGGACCAUGGCAGGUCCCUUGUCCUCCAGCUGCCCUGCAGUCUCCUGGACCUGGGUGAUUGUCUCCCCCGAAUCACCACCUAUACCCCAACUCCCCCUUUUUACUUGUUCUGGUCCUACUGAGAAAGGCCUGCCCAGCAAUAACAUUUUGUAGUCACUCUGUCUCCAGGGAUGGUGCAGCGGGGAGCUACACCAAUGCUAGCCCCCAAUGCUCCCUCCUCCUCCUGCCGUGCCCCGCGGGACACUGGACCGACUCUGCUAGGUUUCUACACUGAGGUUUCAAUUCAUAGCGUCCGCGUUGCUUUUACUUCUCUAUACGGACUGAUUUUGCGGAUAUUUUAAGGACAUCCCCCUUUUAUACUCCUCCGUGCCCACCACCAGCGGCCGCGCUUUGUACUGAGAGCUUGGGGCGGGUGAGCCAUUUGUAUUGGGUUUGUUUUUUUCUUAGCACAAAGCGGGUGGGAGCGCGCCGAGCUUCCCGUCUCCCCCUCACAGCUCAAUGGGACUGUUUUCUAAACUGCUGUGUCUGAAAACCCUCUUCUUCCCUGUGCUCUGGCCAACCAGCUCUUCAGGCCAGCCGGCCUCCAGAUUCAGAACCCUGCUUGUCCUGUUCCUGGGGGGAACACAAGGGGGACGACGUGACCUUUGGGGUGCUGUGCUCUAUCUAAGCCAUUGGAGAUGCCACGCCCCUGGGAGCUCCCUGGAAACAGAGAACGUUCUCUGCCCCUUCACCACUCCUCUGCAGCCCACUCUUCAGGAAAGCUGGGCUCUGGUUUUGACCACAAAGAAGCCCUCUCUGGUUCUUGCUGAGUCCGCUGGUGGGCAUCACUUGCCAGUGUCUGGCCCGUUUCCAGGUGGUCUCGUCACAGCGGGGGGCGGGACCUGGGGCAGAGGGACAGGGUCCUGGGCUGACACAGCUCUUCCCGAGGACGCAACAGGAGCAGGCUGGCCCUGGGGUCGCUGGUCAGCAGGAAGGGGCUUCAGAGGGGCCUGAAGAGAUGAAGCGCCACCCACCCCACCGGUCUCACGGGCCGAGCACCCCGGGGUUCUAGAAUCUCUAAAGACGGCCCUCCCCGGAGGCUGGGCUGGAGCUCAGCCCACAACCUCCACCACCACCCAUAGGCCUUACUGAUCUGUUUACAGUGACUCCCACCCCACCCCACCCCUCCCAAGAGGGACUGGGGUUUCUCGGGUCCGCCUUGGGAGGGGGGGAUCAGUUGAUUUUUUUCCUCCCUUUCCUAUCAACUUCUAAUCUGGCUUUCUGCCAUUUCAAUCCCUAUGAUUUCUGCCAAUAAAAUUUGCCAUUAUUUUCA